AUGGAGAUGCCUAGUGGUCGGGUGCUACCAAAGCUGUCAAAGGUGCUGGGGCUUGAUGGUGACAAGAAAUCCAUCAUAAAAUUUGAAUUUAACCCCAAAGAUGGGAUCGACAACCCUGCCUUGUCACUAGCUGAGGACACAGCUGCUGACGGUGUGGGAGAACCCCGCUUCUACCUCCUGAGCAAGGGCAGCACGGAGACCUUUGGCUUCUGCCUUCACGAGGAGCUGGGCUGCCAUGGCCACAUCAUCCGGCAGAUUGAGCUGGGGGGGCUGGCCCAGCGCAGGGGGCUGCAGGACGGGGACCGGCUCCUCCAAGUCAAUGGCCACUUUGUGGACCACAUGGACCACCACAGGGUGGUGCAGAAGAUCAAGGCCAGUGGGAACCAAGUCCUACUGGCAGUGCUGGACAGCAGCUCCUAUGAAGCAGCCAAAGCCCUGGGCAAGGACCUGUCCCAGAUGCUGCCAGCUGACAUUCGCCCACGCCUCUGCCACAUCACACGGGACAAAAGUGGUUUUGGCUUCAGCGUGUCGAGUCCGGAAGGCGUGAAGGGCACCUUCCAGCUGUCGGUGUGGCAGGAUGGGCCAGCGGAGAGAGCAGGCGUGCCACCAGGAUCCUGGCUCUUGGAGCUGAAUGGGGCCAGCGUGAAGAACUACUCACACACACAGCUCGCCAGGAAGCUUAAGCAGAGUGGCAGCAAGGUGACACUGCUGGUGGCAUCCAGUGCUGUGGAGGAGUUUUACCGCCUGCGGGGCCUGCGGAUCACAGCUGCCUUGGCGGACACCUCCUGGCUCCCCUUCAAGGUCCGGGAGCUGCACAUGGUGAAGGGUCCAGCUGGCUAUGGGUUUCUGCUCAAGGAGGAUGACUGCAGCUCAGGGGUCACAGGCCAGUUCCUAUGGGACGUGGAUGCGGGGCUGCCGGCCGAGCAGGCAGGGAUGAAGGAAGGGGACCGUCUCCUGGCUGUGAAUGGUGAAAGCAUCGAGGGACUGGACCACCAGCAGACGGUACUCAGGAUCCGUGCCCGUGAUGACCAGGUGACACUGCUGGUCAUCGACCCUGCUGGUGAUCAAUUCUACCAGUCGAUUGGGCUGUCCCCUCUGCUGUUCUUUGAGGACAGUGACCCUGCCUCAGGCUCCCGCACACCCUCCCUGCCCUCUCCCAGUGGCUCCCCUGGACUCUGUCACAUUGAGGUGGGACCAAAGGGACCUGGCUCCUGGCUGUUGGCUGCUGCCAACAGUAUAGGGAUCACACAGAGCCCGUGCCAGGAGGAGCAGAGGAGGCUGCACCAGACGUUCUAG